UUUGGGCGCCAAAAUGCACGGCUUCAGCGUGUUGACAGUGGCUGCACGUGACAGCACCCACUGUUGUUUGCCGCUAAUGCAGGCUCUCAGAGCGGUGGGCCAAGGAAAUCUACGCCUGAUCUGGACCAUCGCCCCGGCCUCCCCUAGCACCCACCUGGGCAACGCUUUCAAUUUACCAGCCAGUGGCCUGCCCGCCGUUCGUUCGUUACCAUACCAUUGAGGGAAGAGAGGAGAACAGCCGCCUGUGCCUUUGAUUUGCCUUUGCCUACGCCAUUUGUUCCCCUCUCCUUCCCAAGACUCUGCUACCUGCUUCACCUCCAGACCGAGCGAGGACUGCCUGUCGCCAGCAGCACCGCAAGAGCCUCUCCACGGUCAUCGGAGGCCUUGUAAGACAUUGAAACGCCCGCGUAUCCCCGUGUCUCGAAACCCUUCUCGCAUGGAACCUUGAUCGGUCGAAUCCGUUGUCUACUCCCCACCAGAGUCCAGAGACAUACUCAGCCCAGGUGCUUGACUGACGCGCAAAUCCGACCGGCCGAACAUCUUCCUUUUCUUCCUCGAAUUCUCUCCCCCAAGCUCUAACCCCUCCUCAAGGCACCGGCCCUCUUGUCUUACGUCCCGACGAUCUGCCUCAGUUGCCAAGCGCCGUUGCGCCCAGGAUUCUCCGCAUCAAAGACUUGGUUGUUUUGAGUUCAAGUGCAUCGAGCAACAGCCGCAUCCUCCGCCCAUGAUAGAUAGACGAUAGCACUACUGCAAGCGGUCGAUCGGUACAAGGAAGCGAAGAAGAGCACACACAGCUCGUGGGUGGGAUCAGGCCCUCCUAGAGGCCCAAUACUAGUCGGGAUGAUGACUUCCAGACUCCGCGAUGUUGGCAGCAGCUUUCCCAACCGUCGAGGCCACGCCAGUCAACUAUCCAUCUCAGACCCGAGCCAUCACGUCACCGAAGCGAUCGGCACCAUGUACGGCGACGACGAAGAUUCUGGCGCCGAGGACAACCGGCCACUUAGCUUUAUCGCGUCCAAGAGUUCCAGCGAGCAGUUGGGCAAGGCCCCCAGGCCGGACGACCCGGCCGACGACAGACUACGACUGGUGCGCACCACCUCGGACCAGACGAGCACCGUGACCGCUCCGAGUAAUGCCAGUCCCAACGGCAACCAGCUUCGAAAAAGCCAGACAGUUCCGUCCCGCAUCCCCACAGAACGAAGCAACUCGCAUGAUGGCGUUCGAUCCCCCCUGUCGCCAUUGUCCCCGACGCCCUCCCUCCGCGAUGUCCAGGCCGACGACUCUGGAUUUCCCCUGACCAACAUCGACAAUGCCAAUGACAUUGCACAAGAGCUCAGCAACCUUCAGGCGCUGCGACGCAUGUCUAUGGAUGUGUCCAACACACACGACCCCGAUCUCCUGCCCUUUUCUGGCGUGUCUUUGAUGGCCAUGCCGUCAAUAGCCCCCACCGGCGAUGACGACGAAGCAGAUCCAAGCCGGUUGCUAUGGGUGCCAGCACGAGUACACCCCGAACUCGACACCGGUGCUUUCAAGACGUUCCUUGAAAAUCGGGUGCAAACGAUGAAGCGGAGGUCGGGAGACUCGUUUCUCUCGGUUGACGGGGCACAAGUCGGUGGUGGUUCGGGAAGCCUGAGACGGAAGAAGUCGAUGCUGUCGAGACAGGUCAACACUCAUACUGAAAACGGAGACAGUUAUACCGACGGUGCCGAACGGCUUCGACGAAAUGGCUCCCUCCCAGACUACUCAACUCCCGAGCUCAGUCUCAACGAACUCGUCAACGACCCAACAAGCGUGGUGCAGAAGCUGGCGCACGAGACCAGAGGGGAGGAUGGUGGGGCAGAUAGUCCGAUCCUGCCUGUGGCUCCAGGCAUGGGGCUUCGGCGGUCAACCAAGACGACUUAUAGAAAGGGCGGCAGUCAGCGGUUUGCAAAGAAGCUUGGGGAGAAACAGGUGGCCAGCAAGAUGUCUUCUGAGGAAUCGCCACCGCUUCCUCCGGUGGACCCAUCCAUUGGCAAGCCCUUGACGCGGGUCAUGUCGGAGCCAAUCGCCGAGAAUUACUCGAGGCCAACGCGGACUGUCAGAAGACAACAGAACUUCUCGCGCGAUGGCUUGGACUCUAUUGCCGGUUCUGCUCAGGAGGGUGAAACGACAGCCGCCUCGCCUCCCUCGUCGCCCCCCCGCAAAGAGUCAUUACCAGUCAGGGCAGCCUCAGCAGCAGCACGGACUGCUACCGCGCCAGCCAUUCCUCAGAUUGUCGAGACGCCGCCGGUCGAAGAAGCCAGCUCAUCACCGGAGAGAUCGACGUCCCAGAAGGAGACGCAAAAAGACCAGGCUCAUCAGCCUCCUGCUGAUGGCCCUCCGGCUCGCUCCAGCAAACGGCCAUCACCCAGCAAACCUGCCCAGUCGGCUGCUGGAUCGGCCGGGAGCUCGAGCGCUAACCCUCUCGAGAAAAUCAGCCACCCAGAGGCGUUACCUGAUAACAGCAACUCUACCACGAGCAGCUUGACAUUUAUCCCCACAUUUGACAACGUCGAGAAGAAGGCGGAUAGGAAGAGCAAAGAUAAGGAUGAAACCGAGAGCAUAGCAUCGACAAAGUCGACCUCGAGUUGGAAGUGGUUCAAGAGCGGGGAUAAGGAGAAGAAGAAGAAGGAGAAGGAGAAGGAAGAGGAGAGGGAGAGGGAGAGGGAGAGGGAGCGGGAGAGGGAAGAACAGGCUAGGAAGGCCAAGAGCAAAGCUAAUGAGAAGGGCCAUGAUAAUGCUCGUCUUGAUGUUUUGCAGAACUCCAUCGACAACCCCAAGGGCCGCGAGAGCCUCCGGUUGGACCGAGAAAGCAUCGAGGGCUUACCGCAGGACGACAAGAAGAAAGAGACGAUGCGCAAGUCUAGCGACAGCAAGCGAGGAGACGGCUUUUUUGGCGGCCUGUUCGGAGGUUCAAAGAAGAAGUCGGAAAAGGAGGCUGCGCACAAGAAGGAGAAGCAGCGGGCACUUAGUCCAGAGCCACCGGCACGUAUCUUGCGUCCCGACAUCGAUUACCACUGGACGCGGUUCCCCAUCAUCGAAGAGCGUGCCAUUUACCGCAUGGCUCAUAUCAAGCUCGCAAACCCUCGACGUCCCCUCCACAGCCAGGUUCUGCUCAGCAACUUUAUGUAUUCGUACCUCGCAAAGGUGCAGGCUAUGCACCCGCAGCUUAACGUGCCGAUUUCGCCGCAGCAAAAGAGGCAGGAAGAGGAGCGGAAGCGUCGCGAAGCGGAGCAACAGGCGUUGGAGCAGCAGAUGGCCGCUCAGCAGGCUGCCCAGGAUGGGAACUUUGACUUUGAGUACCAUCGGUCGGGCAGUCAGUACGGUGAUUCUCCUGUUCAGCAGGGCGAUGACAGCGUCCAAUAUGUGGACGAUUCUCAGAUAUACGAGUACGAGCACGGGGGCCAGCAGCAGCAAUACCAGCAAAACGGCGCCAAUGGCAACGGCCAUGCACAUCAGCACGACCAAAAUUACUACUAUGCGCAGGGUGAUGGCAAUGGGAACGAGAGGAACGACAUGUGGUAGGACCACCAUUACCGGCGCCAAGCUUCGAUGAGACGUCUGAAGAAGAGGAGGAGCAGGAGGAAGCUCCAAGGUGGGGGGGUGGAACAGGGCAACGGCUGGUCUUCCUUGCAGCUGUAUAAACGUCUACGGCCAUGGAAUGUCGCCGUAUCCAGACCGGUACCUUUACAACAGAAGCCACCCCACAAUGAUAUCGGCAAGAAGAAUGGCUACAUUUCUCGACACUGUUGCUAUCGCUGCUGCCCUGCCUUUUAUGAGUAGGCGGUUUUGUCUUUAUACUGGCGCCUUGAGGGUCGAAAGGGUUAGAAUAUGUGUACUAUCACCACUCAAGCUUCAUGCUUUUCCUUCCCAGUGUCUCAAAAAGAAGAAAGGUUUGGGUGGUGGUUCGGGAAAGGGUGGCUUAUUUUCUUUCUGGGGAGAGAAGGGGGGGGUUCUCUUCUCGUAUCAUAUUUGUAUGUUUCGAACAAUGGUAGUGUCCUUUAUUUUGUUUUUCCUUCUGUGUUUGGUAGUUUGAAUGCUCUAGCAUAGCAUAGCCUGGGUUUUGGGAUUU